AUGUCAGAGGAUUACAGGUGGAAAAGGAAAAGCCAAGAAAAGCUUUUAAAAUAUUACAGCAUAAAGAAAUAUGGCCUGAAUGGAGUUAUCUGUGCCAUGCAGUCGCCGUGAAGUUUUGUAAUGGCAGAAUCUAGGUCCUCAGGAAUCAAAAGAUCCCGAAUAAGUUUGUCACUCAGUACAAAUAAGAAGAAAAAAGAAACAAAAAAAGUGGAAGUUACAGGAGCACCAUCUACGCCUUCAGCAUCAUCCUCUAUUACUUCCUUUUUUAAAAAUGUCCCCCCUACCAAAAUUAACUGUCCCAUGUGUGGGCAAUUGGUGCCAAGAUAUGGAAUAAAUGAGCACAUUGAUGAAACAUGUCAGAGAAACCAUAGUGAGAUUGGUGUCACUGAUGCUACACUGAAUUCUUUUAGGAAUAAGAAUCCCCCAGCUGCAAAUCUGAGCAAUAAUUCCAGCUCAUAUUUUUCGAAAAACCUCUUAAAUCUAGAAACAAGUCCUUCCAAAAAUGAUUUAUUGAAAGCAGGAGGGAGUGCAGCACAACAGACUAGUCCUUACUUUAGCAGUAAUAGUUCAGUCUUUAGUGUUAACAAUGAAUCCCAGGCUCAAACAGUUAGAAUAGUCUCCUUGGGAAGCUUGUCUUCAAAGCUGUCCAGAAGACGCUGUCUGCAGGGAGGAAAACAAGUCUUGUAUGAAGAGAUCAACUCUUCACCUCCAGCUGUUCACAGUGCCUGUGGAAGUGCUGCAGCUCCAGGUGAUGAUGGUGAUGAGAUUGAUGCUGGGCAGAGUUCUCAGAAAGAAAAUCAGCCUUCUCAGAGAGAGCACCAGGAACAAAAUUUUUCAAAGAGGGAAUCUGAAUUUCAAAAUGAAAUAAACAAAUGUAAUCGAGAAGACCUUCUAGAUACGGUUCAAGUACCUUUACUGGCUGAUAACAGUAAUGACAAAAGUUUCCCAUCUGAUACAAGGAGCACCAAAGCAGAAGGCAGGUCUGAAGAUGGGAUACUUAGUCCUGAUAAAUUUGAAACAUCUCUAGCCAUCCAUACUUCAGCAGGGCUGACCAGUAAUUUGGAAGUCGAGACUCAGCCUCACAUUGAGGUUACUCCUUCUUCAAAGACAGAAGUGAACUGUGGGACAGAAGAUUGCUUUAGCAAGGAUGAGGCAGAGGUGCUUCCUGUGGAAGUUCUUGAAGACUUUAAGAAUGACAUGAACCAUACUUUGUUAGAAACUGUGGAAAAGGCAGAGUCUCAGGAUUCUACUGCAGACAUUCUAGACAAAAUAGAUGAGGUCCUCUCUGUGCCCAGCUCUCCUGGUCACCCAUACUACCUCCAGAAUUUUUUAGUAAUACUGCGAGCAGUAUUGGAGAAUGAAGAUGAUGUCAGACUAUUUAAUGAACAAGAUCUGAACGUUAUAACCAAGUUCUACAAAUUAUCAGUUGGUGGGCAGAAAUUGUACGUGAGACUUUUUCAACGCAAGCUGAACUGGUUAAAGGUGAACAAAAUAGAAUAUGAGGAGAUAAGCAUGAAUUUGUCACCAAUAAUUGAAGAACUGGCUGAGGCCAGAUUUCUACAAACAGAAUCUGAAUUGGAAGACCUGUGUGAAGGGUUGGAUUUGCUUUCAGCCCCUGAGCUAAGAGCACUGGCAAAAGUCUUUCACUUGCCAAACCCAAACGGUCAGAAACAGCAACUUGUGGAUGAUUUUCUGAAGUUGUCAAAGCAGCGUUCAAUCUUCAGCAGGAGUCAGGCUGGUAUUGGGACAGUGAUUUUGAAAAGGGUGAAAGACCUGGCUGGAAAAUGUGUCAGGGUGUGCAAAGGCACUCGGGCUGUCUUUUCCCGAAUCCUGCUGCUGUUUUCACUGCCUGAGUCGCUGGAGGAAGAAGAAGCCAGCAGUGCUGGGCAAGGCCUGCUCUCCACUGUCCUUAGGGCAAACAUGGGGCACAUGGUGUUCCCCAGUUACGCAGUAAACAGGAAAACACAGGUCUUCCAGGACAGAGAGGAUCUCAUCAGGUAUGCAACUGCUGUUCAUCUCUCAAAUGAUAUAGCCACCUCUAUGGUAAAUGGGAACUGGGAAGAAGCUAAUAAUCUCUAUUUGUGUGCUAAAGAAACCUGGAGUGAACUGAAGAAUCACCCCUCUUUGAGCUAUCACAGACUUUUACCUGAUUACCUGCGACGUUUCACAGUCGGCUGGGUGUACACAAGAAUCCUUUCUCAAGGAGUUGAAAUUCUGCAGAGACUUCACAAGUAUAAGGAAGCAGUGCAGCAGCUGCAGAGCCUCCUGGCCCAGGAUGUCUAUUGUGCUGACAGCAGAGGGAGAUGGUGGGAUCGGCUGGCUCUGAAUUUACAUCAGCACUUGAAAAACACUAAGAAGGCCAUUGGCUGCAUCCGGAGGGGGCUGGCAGACCCAGCUGUGCGCACCGGGCACCGCCUGUCCCUGUGCCAGCGCGCCCUUCGCAUCAGGGACUCCCCGAGCUGCCGGCAGUUCCAGGGGCUGCUGCAGGACCUGCCCAUCCUGACCGUGCACGAUGUGACUCACGUUACCAUCAGUGGAAAGAUGUGUCCUCAGACGGGAAUGGGAAAAUCUGUGUUUCUCAUGGAGGACAUUGGUGAUGGAGAAGGAGGCGAAGACUGCAGGGUAUCCACAGUCAUGUGCUCAGUUGAGGAGCUGGCAUUAACUCAUUACAGGAGGAAUGGUUUCGAUCAGGGUAUUCAUGGGGAAGGCUCAACGUUUAUUACACUGUAUGGGAUUCUAAUGUGGGAUAUCGUUUUCAUGGAUGACAUACCUGACGUGUUCAGAACUUCCUAUCAGACAUUCCCCCUGGAUUUAUACACUGACAGCUUCUAUGAGAACAGGAGGGCUGUCAUCGAGGCCAGACUCCAGCAGCUUCACACAGCUUCCUCAGAGACACUGGCAAAGUUGGUUGCUGAUGUCUGGACCGCUCAGGAGGGAAAAGCAGCAGCCCUGGUUAACUGGGGACGUUUUGUUUCCCUCCAGCAAGUCCAGAGCCUGGUGUCUUGCCUUGGAGGAACGUUCCUGAGCGGUGUUUUCCGGCGGCUUUCUAGGGACCUGCGGCACUGCCGGGGGGGGCUGCCCGACCUGCUCGUGUGGCGCUCCCACAGCCAGCACUUCAAGGUGGGUGGGAAGCACGGGAGUACUCAGUGCUCAGCUGCCUUCCUUCGUGUAAAACCUUGCACUUGUCAGCCCAUCCAACUUGUAAUUUCCUGUGGCGGUGGAGUCAGAUCUGCAGCUCUGCCCUGCCCCCACGGAGCAGUGGGUGGUUAUCUGCUCCUCCAGCGGCUGUGCUGGAGCUUUAAUGGGCAUUGGGAGCAGCAACGAUCAACAUUGGCUAAGGUUGGUGUAGAAAAGAUCUUUGAUUAAUCGUAAUGUAAAGCACCUGUCAGCAAUCAGCCACACAUUGACUGUUGUUAGGAGGGCGUUCUACUGGCACCACUUAGACAAACUCGGGACUAUUUGUGUACAACAACUGUGUCUGUGUCUGCUAUAGAAACUGAGUAAACAGUCAUGGAUGGUGCCUUGCAUGGCAGUGGAAUAGCUACUUGAAGACUGCUGGACAUUUCAUCUGUUGGAACAACUUGUAAUGUGUUUAUGAUACAAAGCUGAAUAGCAGAAGUUAGUUCUCUAGAACACCUGAAUAAGGUGCUGUCAGUAUCAGCUGUAACAGGUGAGGGGGUAGACAAUCGAUUUUUCAGUAUGAGAGAUCUUAAUUCACUAGGGGUUCUGUCUGUGUUUUGGUGGAUAUUUGCUAUACAAAAUUUCA